AUGUUGAGUAAUCCGGGUUUAAGAAAAGGUUCCUGGACUGAAGAAGAAGAUAUUCUUUUGAGGGAGUGCAUUGAAAAGUAUGGGGAGGGAAAAUGGCAUCGGGUUCCUGUUAGAGCAGGUCUGAAGAGAUGCCGGAAGAGCUGUAGGCUGAGAUGGUUGAACUACCUCAAACCAGAUAUCAAGAGAGGACAGUUCACGGCAGAUGAAGUUGAUCUCAUUACCAGACUUCAUAAGCUCUUAGGCAACAGGUGGUCAUUAAUUGCGGGUAGACUUCCCGGGAGGACAGCAAAUGAUAUCAAGAACUACUGCAAUACGCGGAUGCGCAAAAACAAGGUCUCCCCUCGAAAAGAAAAAGAGACGACGGAUGACAAAAUUGUAACUCAGAAGACCAAAGUUUUCAGGCCUCGGCCUCUGAAUUUCUGCAAAAAUUCUCCAUGCUUCCUGAGAAGGAUGGCUGAUUCUACAAGUGUAGGUGCUGUUAGUCAUCCUCAAACAGGAGAAGAAAUGCCUAGUAAUAAUAAUAAUAAUAAUAAUAAUGAAGUGUUUCUUAGUCUAGAUCUUCCACCUCCUACAGAUGAGGCUUUACCAUGGUGGAAGAGUAUCUUAGCUGGGUGUGAAAAUGAAAUAGUAGGGGACAAUGGGAUCUCAUGCUCCAUUAGUGGUGGUAGUUCUGAACAAGAUGUUGAGCUACUACUUAAAAGCCUCUGGGCUGAAGAAUGGACCCAAAAAUGCUGGUCAUGA